CGUCCACGCCUACUAUGGAAGUAUCAUGCACGACUGAAACCAUUGACCGCGUCAAUGAGCUGUCUCAGUAAAUCGGAGACUGAGCACUUCAAGUGCUCAGUCUCCGAUUCACUGCCGAGUGAUGUAUAUCAGGUGCUCGUGCUCGUGAGUCUGAUCCAGAAUCUGUAGAGAAGUUGUUUGCACCGACGUCCACGGCGGGGGGAGGCAGGAGAAAACGACGACGAACGUGAUGGCGAGUUUAGAAUCUGUGAACAGGGUAGUCAGAGGCGAACUCUGUAUCUUGGUAGUGAUGGUCCUCGUGUGCUUGAUGUCUGAAGACGUGGACGCAUCGGCCCCAGAUUCAUUCAGAAGCCCAGGAAUCAUGGUCAUAACAUCGGAAGAAGAAAUCAAAUCCUUCAAGAUUUCUGAACCUGCGACGGAUUACAAGACAGGGUCACUUCGAUCUAUACAUCUGAAGCUACCUCAAAGGCACACGAGGCCGCUGAAAGCAGAACAGUCCACUCGGAGGAGACUACGUGCGCCUCCUCAAGACAGCUAUGAAGCUCCGUCUGGUGAAUAAUUUAACGCAACGGGAGAUCAUUUUUAGAUUUUGAAUUAUCAAUAUUUACUUCCGAACUGUUCUUAUGUACAAUCGGAAUAUCUGUAUUGACCCUUCCACUGGUUUGUGAUUAAGGUUCACAAGUGUCUGAUCAGUACACCAGAAACAACUUCCAAACUAGCCUACCUUGAGUAAAUGCUCAGUUUAGAUCUUAAUAUGCAGAUAUUCAGAUCAACCAGAGUUUUGCAACUUGAACAAUCAGAAGAAUCCAUAUGAGC